AUGGUUUCUCGUAGUCUCUCGUCGCAACAACAACUAUCUUCAAAUCUCCGUUCCAUUUCCAUCUCCACCUUCAAUUCCCACCUUAGGUACUUUUGUUCUGAUCACCCAGAAACCCAAACUGCAAGACUCAAAUCACGAAACACAAGUAAAACCGCCAAAACCUUGGCCAAUCUUAUCAAUUCCAAACCAUGGUCGAACGUGUUGGUCUCUCCUCUGCCCACCCCACUUUCCAAAACGACUGUGCUCAGAACACUUCGCCUGAUCAAGGACCCUUCCAAGGCCCUUCGUUUCUUCAAGUGGGCCCAGCAAAAGGGUUUUCCCCACACAACUCAGUCCUACUUCAUCAUGCUACAAAUUCUGGGUCGCGAGAGGAACCUCAACAUUGCCCGAAACUUGUUAUUUUCCAUCGAGAAAAAGUCCAACGGAACCGUUAAGCUUGAGGAUAGGUUCUUCAAUACCCUCAUCAGAAGCUACGCCGAAGCAGGGCUCUUUAAAGAGUCCAUGAAGCUUUUUCAGACCAUGAAGUCCAUUGUUGUGUCCCCCUCCGUGGUUACCUUCAACAUUGUUUUGUCUAUUUUGCUCAGAAGGGGUCGCACCAAUAUGGCCAAAGAGGUGUAUGAUGAAAUGCUUCGCACGUAUGGUGUUACUCCAGACACUUGUACAUACAAUGUUUUGAUCAGAGGGUUUUGCAAAAACUCAAUGGUUGAUGAAGGGUUUCGGUUUUUUAAUGAGAUGGCCGGGUUUAAUUGUGAUCCGGAUGUUGUCACGUAUAACACACUUGUUGAUGGUUUGUGUAGAGCGGGGAAGAUCAGAAUUGCUCGGAAUUUAGUGAAUGGUAUGAGCAAGAAAUGUGAGGGUUUGCAUCUUGAUGUUGUUACUUAUACUACAUUGAUUCGAGGAUAUUGUAUGAAGCUAAAAGUAGAUGAGGCAUUGAUUGUUCUUGAAGAGAUGAGUAGCCGGGGCAUUGAGCCGAACAUGGUUACCUAUAAUACUUUGAUAAAAGGGCUUUGUGAGGCACACAAGUUGGACAAGAUGAAAGAUCUUUUGGAACGGAUGAAAGGCAAUGGGGGUUUUAGCCCUGAUACAUUUACCUUUAAUACGAUUAUUCAUUCGCAUUGUUGUGCAGGAAAUCUGGAUGAAGCAUUGAAGAAAGGGGACUAUGAUAUGGCAGAGGUGUUGUUUGAUGAGUUGUUUGAGAAGGAAAUCCUUUUAAGUAAUUUUGGCUCCAGGCCACUUGCUGCUGCUUAUAGUACCUUAUUUCAGCAUUUGUGUGAACAUGGGAAGAAUAAGAAGGCCGAGAGGGUGAUUAGACAGUUAAUGAAAAGGGGCACACAAGAUCCCCAGUCGUACAAUACAUUGAUUAUGGGGCAUUGUAAAGAAGGUGCAUAUGAAAGUGGAUAUGAGCUUUUGAUGUGGAUGCUUAGAAGAGACUUUCUUCCUGAUGUUGAUAUUUAUGAUCGUUUGAUUGAUGGUUUUCUUUUAAAGGAUAAGCCUCUACUUGCAAAGGAGACACUAGAGAAAAUGCUUAAGAGCUCCUAUCAACCUAAAACAUUCACUUGGCAUUCUAUACUGGCAAAACUUUUGGAAAAAAGAGCAUUUGAGAUUAUUGAUUUGCUUUAUAAGAAUGGAUACCGUGUUAAAAUUGAAGAAGUAGCUCAAUUUCUUUAUGAGAGAGGAAAGCUAUUAGAAGCAUGCAAACUGUUGCUUUUUAGUUUAGAAAUUCAUCAGAAUGUCGAUAUUGAUUUGUGUAAUGCAAUUGUUCUGAAUCUUUGUAAAACUAACAAGGUCUCAGAAGCAUUUGGUUUAUGCUAUGAAUUGGUGGAGAACGGUUUAUGUCAGGAAUUGACAUGCCUAAAUGAUCUAAUAGCUGCUUUAGAGGAAGGGGGAAGAAGAGAGGAAGUUGUAUUUAUAUCAAAGAGAUUACCAAGACUGGAGAACUUAGAUGUAUCUAAGGGAAAUCAUAGCUCUAAGAAGUUCAGGCCUAUUAAAGUGUACUUUUGUUCUGAUCACCCAGAAACCCAAACUGCAAGACUCAAAUCACGAAACACAAGUAAAACCGCCAAAACCUUGGCCAAUCUUAUCAAUUCCAAACCAUGGUCGAUCGCGUUGGUCUCUCCUCUGCCCACCCCACUUUCCAAAACGACUGUGCUCAGAACACUUCGCCUCAUCAAGGACCCUUCCAAGGCCCUUCGUUUCUUCAAGUGGGCCCAGCAAAAGGGUUUUCCCCACACAGCUCAGUCCUACUUCAUCAUGCUACAAAUUCUGGGUCGCGAGAGGAACCUCAACGUUGCCCGAAACUUGUUAUUUUCCAUCGAGAAAAAGUCCAACGGAACCGUUAAGCUUGAGGAUAGGUUCUUCAAUACCCUCAUCAGAAGCUACGCCGAAGCAGGGCUCUUUAAAGAGUCCAUGAAGCUUUUUCAGACCAUGAAGUCCAUUGCUGUGUCCCCCUCCGUGGUUACCUUCAACACUGUUUUGUCUAUUUUGCUCAGAAGGGGUCGCACCAAUAUGGCCAAAGAGGUGUAUGAUGAAAUGCUUCGCACGUAUGGUGUUACUCCAGACACUUGUACAUACAAUGUUUUGAUCAGAGGGUUUUGCAAAAACUCAAUGGUUGAUGAAGGGUUUCGGUUUUUUAAUGAGAUGGCCGGGUUUAAUUGUGAUCCGGAUGUUGUCACGUAUAACACACUUGUUGAUGGUUUGUGUAGAGCGGGGAAGAUCAGAAUUGCUCGGAAUUUAGUGAAUGGUAUGAGCAAGAAAUGUGAGGGUUUGCAUCCUGAUGUUGUUACUUAUACUACAUUGAUUCGAGGAUAUUGUAUGAAGCUAAAAGUAGAUGAGGCAUUGAUUGUUCUUGAAGAGAUGAGUAGCCGGGGCAUUGAGCCGAACAUGGUUACCUAUAAUACUUUGAUAAAAGGGCUUUGUGAGGCACACAAGUUGGACAAGAUGAAAGAUCUUUUGGAACGGAUGAAAGGCAAUGGGGGUUUUAGCCCUGAUACAUUUACCUUUAAUACGAUUAUUCAUUCGCAUUGUUGUGCAGGAAAUCUGGAUGAAGCAUUGAAGGUGUUUGAAAGCAUGAAAAAAUUUCAGGUCCCCAUGGAUUCAGCUUCGUAUAGCACUCUGAUACGUAGUUUGUGUCAGAAUGGGGACUAUGAUAUGGCAGAGGUGUUGUUUGAUGAGUUGUUUGAGAAGGAAAUCCUUUUAAGUAAUUUUGGCUCCAGGCCACUUGCUGCUGCUUAUAGUCCCUUAUUUCAGCAUUUGUGUGAACAUGGGAAGACUAAGAAGGCCGAGAGGGUGAUUAGACAGUUAAUGAAAAGGGGCACACAAGAUCCCCAGUCGUACAAUACAUUGAUUAUGGGGCAUUGUAAAGAAGGUGCAUAUGAAAGUGGAUAUGAGCUUUUGAUGUGGAUGCUUAGAAGAGACUUUCUUCCUGAUGUUGAUAUUUAUGAUCGUUUGAUUGAUGGUUUUCUUUUAAAGGAUAAGCCUCUACUUGCAAAGGAGACACUAGAGAAAAUGCUUAAGAGCUCCUAUCAACCUAAAACAUUCACUUGGCAUUCUAUACUGGCAAAACUUUUGGAAAAAGGUUGUGCUCAUGAGUCUGCCUGGGUUAUUAUGAUGAUGCUGGAGAAAAAUGUUAGACAGAAUAUAAAUCUCUCAACUAAGAAUUUACAGCUACUUUUUGGAUGUGGACAGCAAAAAAGAGCAUUUGAGAUUAUUUAUUUGCUUUAUAAGAAUGGAUACCGUGUUAAAAUUGAAGAAGUAGCUCAAUUUCUUUAUGAGAGAGGAAAGCUAUCAGAAGCAUGCAAACUGUUGCUUUUUAGUUUAGAAAUUCAUCAGAAUGUCGAUAUUGAUUUGUGUAAUGCAAUUGUUCUGAAUCUUUGUAAAACUAACAAGGUCUCAGAAGCAUUUGGUUUAUGCUAUGAAUUGGUGGAGAACGGUUUAUGUCAGGAAUUGACAUGCCUAAAUGAUCUAAUAGCUGCUUUAGAGGAAGGGGGAAGAAGAGAGGAAACUGCAUUUAUAUCAAAGAGAUUACCAAGACUGGAGAACUUAGAUGUAUCUAAGGGAAAUCAUAGCUCUAAGAAGUUCAGGCCUAUUAAAGUGUGA